AUGGAGGAGAAGAGGAAGAGCAAGCUGUGGUUGAAGAAGGUGUCAUGGCCGUUUCGGUGGAAACGACAGAAUCUUCAAACGACCAUCGUAGACACCGUCGUUUAUAAAAUACUCUCAGUGGCUGAGGUUGUAGUCCUUGUCUCCACACUCUGCUUCUUCUACCUCUGCUCAUCUCCAUUUUUUAUCUGCAUGAUGUUUAAUGCGUUCGUUGCAUUCUCGUCGAGAAUUUUCCACCGUAAGAAAAUGCUGAGAAAUCUCCGAUCCCAGCGUCGCACCCGUCACGGCGUGUUCCUCUGCGUCGUCGUUUCGGGUCUCCUUUUGUUGGUGUGCGUCUCUGUCUCCCUCCUCCAUCGCCGCGCCACCGUCCCCCACCCAUUGCACGACGUCGACUUUGACUCCCUCCUGUCCGAUUCCGUUCAUGACGACUUCAUCGCCGGCCAGGAAAACAUCGACACCAUCGAUGCCCUCGACGUGGUGGAGGAAGAGCCGGAGGACACCAUCGACGCUGACGCUGACGACGAGGAGUCUUUCGAUCAAGACCCUGAUGCUCUUGGUCUCACUGGGAUCGCCAAGGUUCUUCUGGGAACAUCACUUACCAAUCCAGUUUCUAACUCGUUAGUUAAUAACGUUUUUAAUUUUUUAAUGUUAUUUUUUUAG